UUGGACUUGUGUAAAAUUUAAAUAUUUCAAAGUUGCAACAUGGUACCUGGAGCUGUCUGCUAUGCAGAAUGUUUUCAAAAUCAACGUUUUACACAAUGUCUAUGGUAAUACAAUAGCUAAGUAUUUCUAAAGGACAAGAUGAUGACGUGAUUUUAUAAAUUCCCUUUAGGAAUCAUUUGGAUUGUUUCUGUUAUCGCAAUGUACUCUUCACGUACUGUCACUAUACAUUAUCUUCACGCACUGUUACUAUACAUUGUCUCCACGCACUGUUACUAUACAUUGUCUUCACGCACUGUCACUAUACAUUGUCUUCACGCACUGUUACUCUACAUUGUCUCCACGCACUGUUACUAUACAUUGUCUCCACGCACUGUCACUAUACAUUGUCUUCAAGCACUGUCACUAUACAUUGUCUCCACGUUCUGUCACUACACAUUGUCUUCACGCACUGUUACUCUACAUUGUCUCCACGCACUGUCACUAUACAUUGUCUCCACGCACUGUUACUAUACAUUGUCUUCACGCACUGUCACUUUACAUUGUCUUCACGCACUGUUACUCUACAUUGUCUCCACGCACUGUUACUCUACAUUGUCUCCACGCACUGUUACUCUACAUUGUCUCCACGCACUGUCACGAUACAUUGUCUUCACGCACUGUCACUAUACAUUGUCUCCACGUACUGUCACUAUACAUUGUCUCCACGCACUGUUAUUAUAUGCAUUAUCUAUUAUCACUUUGUACUCUCCACGCACUGUUACUAUACAUUGUCUCCACGCACUGUUACUAUACAUUAUCUAUUAUCACUUUGUGCUUUCCACGCAUUGUUUUAUCCCGUGGGGACCCGGUUUAGAAUAAAUCCUCAGUAUCCCCUUGCUUGUCGUAAGAGGCGACUAAAUCGGGUUGUCCUUCGGAUAAGACUGCAAAAACCGAGGUCCCGUGUCACAGCAGGUUUGGCACGAUAAAGAUCCCUCCCUGCUCAAUGGCCAUCAGCGCCAAUUUUGUAGCCCUUCACCAGCAGUGGUGACGUCUGAGUGAAAUAUUCUCGAGAGGAACGUUAAACAAUAUUCAAUUAAUCAAUCAACCACGCACUGUUUCUAUACAUUGUCUCCACGGAUUGUUACUAUACAUUGUCUCCACCCACUGUGAGUAUACAUUGUCUAUUAUCACUUUGUACUUUCCACGCACUGUUAUUAUACAUUGAAUAGACGUGUUAUUUCUUUCUUAAAUGUUUAGUGAUAACAAUAUUUGCUAAAUCCUCUUGAUUACGCUCACAAGAAAAAUGAAUGGUUUUCAAACAUUCUCAAAAACAAAUUAAAUCUCUUUACAAAUUCCUAUAGCUAUAAUCAGAUGUCGAUUUAUGUUGCUAACUCGAGUUUUCCUGAGAAAAGUUCCUUGUGUGCAGCAAUUACCGCCAGAGAAACAAUAGUGAAAGCUACCUGUGCUAGUUAUGGCCGAUAUGUCUUACUGCAGUAUGAAUCUAACAGAAAAGGCAUCUCGAUUUGUGAAGUCCUUGUGAAAGGCUGUCCUAGUGGCUUUUUUGGAAGAAACUGUAGCGAGGUGUGUAGUGGUAAUUGUUUACACAAAUCUACAUGUAACGUAACCACGGGAUACUGUGAUGAUGGCUGUGCCCCAGGAUGGAGGGGAGCUGAUUGUUCAGAGGGGUGUCCAGAAAACACGUACGGCUCUGAUUGUAAGAAUAAAUGUGGACACUGUAAGGACGGUGCAGAGAAUUGUGACCGAGAGACAGGUGUUUGUAUAGCUGGGUGCAAUGAUGGGUACUUUGGAGAUAAAUGCCAUUCUAACGACGCUGGUAACAUCACGAUAGGCGAUGCAUGUUCCUUGAAGCAAGAAUCAGAAGAUGACAUGACUGUGUACAUUUUGUUGGCCGCAUUGGUAGUUUCAGUUUUAGUGAACGUCUUCCUUGGAAUAAUGUUCAUCGCCAGGUUCCGUGUUAAACCAAAGAAGGAAAUUUGUGAUAAUCCUUCCCCGGUAUAUGUAAACGUGGUGGAUGAAAACCUUGAGGGUAUACCUACACAACGGAGACCACAGUAUGAUCAAACGAACAUGCAGUACGAGACAUUGGGGACCCCUGCUAAUGCUUUGCAGCAUUACGAUACAUUAAAAUCGUAAAAAAGAGUGCAGAAAUACUCUACUUAAACUACUGUUUGGAAUGAUGUGUUUCACGAGAGUUUUCUUUAUUAAAAUCGCAAGUGUGAUUUGUCAAAAUCCCAUAAAAAUUAGAAAAGCU